CUAAUAUGGCGGAUAGGGAAGCGAACCGAGUGUAGCAAAUGUAUAAAAUAAUGUUUUUCCUGACGUAAAUCUUACUAUAUGCAUUUAGCAUGGGAGGUAAAGACUCAAAGUUAGCUUUCAUAACCUGUGAGGAGGCCGUUAAAAGAGUAAAUGACAAUGAGACGAAGCGGCUCAAGGAGGCCUUCAAGCGAGCCUCCACCCUGGGAGGCUACAUGACAGAGAACCUGUUUAUCAGGGAGGUCUUAUGGGAUGGCGUUCCUCCAAAGUUAGCACAGCUGAUCUACAAGGGCAUAGGUGGCAUCAGCAAGGGCCUGUCUUACAAGGAUCUGCUGUGUGGUCUAGUCGUUCUCACCAAGGGCACCCGCGAGGAGAAGAUCAAAUUAAUCUUUGGCAUGUAUGCUGAUGAAAGCUACAGCUUCGUACAGAAGGAUGAGAUGGAUCGACGGAUCCUAGAAACAGAGGGACAGGUCUCCACUGCUCUCUCAUCGCUGUUCAGAGAGAGUGAUCAAGUUGGGUUUGACGCUUUCUACAACUGGGUGCGAGGACAUCCGGAUGCAACAAUCAUCACCACAUGGCUCUUGAUGGAGCCUAGCACGAUCUCACUGUCCAAUGACAUGGACACACCCACUUUCUACCAGACACUUGCCGGUGUCACACACUUGGAGGAGACGGACAUCAGCGAGCUAGAGAAGCGCUACUGGGUUCUCAAGGCACAGUCCAAGAGUGGCCGAUUUGAUCUCGACACAUUCAAGUUGUUUGUGUGUCCACCUCUGCCGGAGAUACUUUGUGAAGGUUUAUUUCUGGCGUUUGAUGAAAACCGCGACAAUCACAUUGACUUCAAGGAGAUGGCCUGUGGCAUCUCCGCCUGCUGUAGGGGACCCUCCACAGAGAGACAGAAGUUCUGUUUCAAGGUGUUUGACAAGGACCAUGACGGCAAGUUGUCAGCGGAGGAUGUCAAGUCAAUGCUGUUUGCACUGGAUGUUGUCCGGAGAGAGUACAAGUCCCCUGCCGCCCUGGAAGCAGAAGAUAUGCCUGUCCUUGACCCUGAGGUCGUUUCCAAUGAGAUUAUGUCAAGUUUAGACACUGAUAAGGAUGGCUUCAUCACGAUGGAAGAGUACCUGGUGUGGACAGUCAAUAAUACCCUCACUGAUGACUUCCUGGAUCUGCUUAGUCAGAUAUGCCAUGUGGUGCUUGGCCUGAAGCCUCAAAGGCGAGACGAAGAGGGCAAAAUAAUUCAGUCGUGGCUAGAGCGAGAGAGUCGCAAGUCGUUACAGGUGGGCCAGGUGUGUUACCUCAUCAGCAUGCAGUGGUGGAACACGUGGCUGGAGUACGUUAAUGGAGAUCUGAACGAGAACCACAGUGCGACAGGCACACCUGUAUCCAAGCAUAAAUUUGCCAAAGGUAAGGGUGGAGUCAACAGCACCCUGGCCUGGGAAGAUGACAAUGUCAUAAUGGUGAACUGCAAGACCAGCUCCACGGAACAGGUCACCUUGAACAGCCACGUUACCAACCCAACUUACAACAGUCUACCCAGAACAAACCACGGCUCUCGGAGCCCAAGGAAGAAUAGUCUCAACCCGGUGGACAACGCCGCCGCCAUGAACCGGAGUCCCAGUCCGUCACCCAAGAUGAAGCGGAAACAGCAUGCGGUGGCCGCAGGUCCCCCACAGAGGCCCGUCGCCAUUGACAACAACCCUCUCAUUGUCACCAACUCAAAUAAGGCAUCAACCCUCACCAACGAGGGAGGUCGGUUAAAGCGUGAUACAGUGCUGGUGAGGGGGAAGGACUUCGAGCUGGUGCCGGAGCCUAUCUGGAGAGCCCUGUCCAGCUGGUAUGGAGGGGCACCUGCUCUGCCUAGAACUGUGAUAACAACAGCGUCCAACGACCCUGAGCUGGAGCUGUACCCCGUGACUGUCCGACUCCAGCGACACCAGGUGCCCAGUCAGAGGCCGCCCCCUCCCACCACCUUCACAGGCAUGAUGGCUGGCUUCGGUGGCAUGGCCUGGAGUUUCGCCGCCAACCCCCAGACCCCUCGCCGCUACCUGGCCUACACAGCAGCCUUCAGCAGGAAGCACACCAUGCAGCAAAUAUACGAGUUCUUAUGCAACAAACUCCGCUUCUGUCGAGAAGACAUCCGACUCUGGAAAGUCAGUCCCAAAGAUGAUCAAAACAUCACAUUGCUAGAUGAUGAAAAUAUGACGGUGGAGGAUGCAAGCAUUGAAGAGAACCAGCAGAUGCUUAUUGAAGUGAGAAACAAGGACUUGACAUGGCCAGAAGAAAUGUCUCAACUUGCCAAAAACAAAACACUAAAAAAAGAAGAUGUGCCAACAGAGCGAGGUGCUACGGGUCUGAAUAACCUUGGCAACACAUGCUUCAUGAAUGCCGCCGUGCAGUGUGUGUCCAAUACUUACACUCUCACACAGUACUUCAAUGGAGGGCUGCAUCUGUUCGAACUCAAUAGGAAAAACCCUCUAGGAAUGAAAGGCCACAUAGCCCAGCGGUACGGAGACCUCGUGAAGGAGUUGUGGAGCGGGACAACUCGAACUAUUGCCCCACUCAAACUUAGGUGGACAAUCGGGAAGUAUGCACCAAGGUUCAACGGGUUUCAGCAGCACGACUCUCAGGAACUCCUCAGCUUCCUGUUGGACGGACUGCACGAAGAUCUCAACAGAGUCCAUGACAAGCCGUAUGUUGAGUUGAAGGACAGUGAUGGGAGGCCGGAUGAAGAGGUAGCCCUAGAGGCAUGGGAUAACCACUUAUUACGGAACCAGUCCAUCAUCGUAGACCUGUUUCAUGGCCAGCUGCGUUCCCAGGUGCGAUGUCAGGAAUGUGGUCAUGUCAGCGUCCGCUUCGACCCCUUCACCUACCUCUCUCUACCUCUUCCCAUGGACAGCUGUAUACACCUGGAGAUCAUUGUAAAUCGACUGGAAGGGUCAGUACCGGUCAAGUACGGCCUGCGGCUAAACAUGGAUGAGAAAUACAAAACCCUGAAGAAGGAACUUAGUUCCUUGGCAACCAUUCCUCCAGAGCAGAUCCUUUUUGUGGAGGUCCUAGGCCCUAUUGUCAAGACAUUACCACAAGACAACCAGAAGAUCCGGACAUUACUUGGAGGAACGCUAUAUGCCUACGAGUUACCACCGACGCCUGAAAUUGAACCUCUGUCAGCAGAGGAAGAACUGGCACUUUCCAAAUCCACAAACACCACCAUCACAAUCAGCACAACCAAAGAGAGCAUCGGGCUCAGUGAAAUACAAAGAGGAUUAACAUCAAAACGCCAGCCACAGAAUUCUUCAUCAGUCAAUGGCAACCUGCCAAAUGGUCAACCGCCUCAGCUUGAAGUGUCACCAGCCCACCGAUCAGAAACUGACUCCCCAGGUGCUCACUCCCGCAGUCCCAGCAGCGCUAGCAACAUCGCCGACAGCAUGAUCAAGUCAGGGGUUGACACCCUGUUCAAUGGCUUCGUUAUUGGAGUGCACAGGAAAAUGAUUUUAAUGGAUGUAUAUUUCUUAUCAUCUCAAAAAACUCGUCCAAGUUUGUUCGGGACGCCGAUAAUUAUUCCAUGUGUUGAGAAAACCACCAACCAGGAUCUCUACAAGUUUGUGUGGACACAGGUCGCCCGAUUGGUCAGUCCGCUGCCUCCCUCAGAGGCCAAAGCAGCCAAUCAUGCACAAGAUUGUGAUGACAGCCUGUGUUAUGAAUACCCCUUCACACUGAAGGUCGUUCAGAAGGAUGGGUUUACAUGUGCCAAAUGCCCGUGGUAUAGGUUUUGCCGAGGAUGCAAGGUGGAUUGUAAUGCUAAUUUAUUUAACUUUGGGGGGUCGUUCCUGGCAAUAGACUGGGAGCCCACGGCGCUGCAUCUCCGCUACCAGACAACUCAAGAAAGGUUUUUUGAGGAGCAUGCAAGUGUUGAAGAGAGUCGCAGGAAGCAGACAGAGCCAAUCGACCUUGACACAUGUCUGCAGGCCUUCACCAAAGAGGAGGAUCUCGGGGAAGAGGAGCUGUACUACUGCUCCAAGUGCAAGAAGCACUGUCUGGCGUCCAAGAAGCUGGACAUCUGGAGGCUGCCUCCCAUACUGAUUAUAAACCUGAAAAGAUUCCAGUUUCUCAACGGGCGGUGGGUGAAAUCUCACAAGAUUGUGAAGUUCCCAUCUCGGAACUUUGAUCCUAGUCACUACCUAGCACCGAGAACGCCAAAGAGAGCCAACAUCAAGGAGCUGGAAGAGGGGGAGAGCAUCACAAAGGAAAUCAGCGAGUCUAGCGGAACACAACAUUCCAAAACACCUAACGGUUCCGCUGGACACACAACAGAUUGCGGUGGUGAUGCUGCUGCAGAUGGGGGAGAGAAGAAGUGCACAGCUCUAGCUCGAUGUGGCUCCCCAGGAACAACCACAGACUACCCGGAGGAGGACUACUCCGACGUCAAAUAUGAUCUCUGCUCCAUGUCUUGUCACACGGGGAUCUUGGGUGGAGGGCAUUAUGUAGCGUACGCCAAGAACCCCAACAAUCGGUGGUACUGCUACAAUGACAGUAGUUGUAAGGAAAUCCCUGAAGCCCAGCUUGACACAAACUCUGCAUAUAUUCUAUUCUAUGAACGGAGGCAACUCAACCCAAGCAAGUUCAUGCCAGAUGUGACAGGGAAAGAACCAGAUAUGUCCGAAAUUGAUGACGAAUGCGAGUCCGAUCUCAAGAAAAUGUGUGUCAUACAGUGAUGACAAUGUGUGUCACAGUCUUGACAAUGUGUGUGUCGUGGUGAUGACAAAAUGUGAUAUGUUGUGGGGGGGAUUGUUAUCAUGACGUCAUGUUGCACAUUUUUGUGGAAUAGGCAAGGCACGACUUGAACGCAAUUGAUUGUUUCCACUGUUAUGUAGUAUUUGAAGUGAAAGAGAGAAGACACAGUUGCUGUAGAAGGUACCGAAUACUGACAGCAACAGGACGACUAGGGUAGGUUGCAGAUGGAGAAAAUCCAAGAUUCCAAAGUCUGAGACCGAAUAUUUACCAUGUGGGUGGGGAGAUGUGACAUUGAAAAGAGUUGACAGAAAAAAACACAAGAGCACAUUAUUGAAAAUGUUGUACUUAGAAAUGUACGCAUUUAUAUGUACACACAGAUGACAAUUAGUGAUUGUUAAGGCAUGUUUCAGCCAAUCUCAUAAUCAGAUAUGUUACCCCACGAUGCUUCUCUGCAUUAAGAUCUGAAGGCUGCAUUUGGUGAACUCAGAAUAUUAACGAUACAGACUUGGUGAAAAUUAAAUAAAAAUAAAUAUGAUUGCUACAAAAUUUGAUUGAUUAACCUAAAUUUGAAAUGGUAUUGGAUUGAAGCCUUGUUAGGAUUACCAAAUAAACAUAAAUGAAAAAUUGAAAUGACUCAUUAAAAAUAAUAUCAGCACAAUUUCAAAUAUGUUGGCCAAUUAUGUAAGAUAUGUGAGAAAGAGAGCACUAGCUACCCAAUCACAUUAAAAUCAGAUCUUUCACUCUGAUGCGAUACCUCUCUGCGUGAAGAUCUGACAAUCUAAUCUGAAGGUUCCUAAAUCCUCGGUACAAGUGAGCAAAGCAGACCAGCAUAUCUCGGUUCUCUCCAACAAAUGAACUUAAAUGGAUAGUUCCAAAUGUAAAUAAAAAAGGCUACACCAUCAUUUUUGAGCACCAUUGAAUCUACACCUCAAAAGAGUACCUUUGAAGGAAUAUUUGUGUUCUGUGUUGUUUCUCUUUUGUUAAUAUUUAAAUUACCAAAUCAAGAUAGUAAAGAAAUGAAGGCGAAUCAUUUCAGAAAGCUGACAUCUGAUUGACUCAAGAAUCCACAAAUCUUUCAUUUACAUUGUGAAGUCAAAGUUCACUCAGGAUUCACCUAACACAGCCUUCUAUUGAGGUUGUGAGAUCUUCACACAGUAAUAUUGUAUCGGAGUAAAAGAUCUGAUUUCAUUGAGAUUGCAAGGAACCAAAGUAGAGACCCAAGACAGAGACAUGAACAGUGUAACUUGAAAGCUGAUUGAUAAGUUUAGUCAGAUACUGAACCUCGAAUAUAUUUGACAGCUGACAAGUCAAGAUGACAAAUGAAGAUUGCCUCUUAGACAUAACAAACUGCAUUAUCAGGAGUUAGGUUGCCAUGGUUACUGGAUGUUUUAUAGAGAAGCUUGAUGUACAAGACGAAAUGUGCAAGACCAGCUGUUUGUAUCAUGUGGAAUUAACAGCUGUUGAUGAUUACACUAAUGCAUGGGCAUGAUGUAGAUUGUGAUUAUUAUUGUUAUUCAUGAUAGUCACAAGGAUGACAAAUCAAACUACAAAUUAUUGUCCUAGUUAUUUCCUAGUAUUUGUAUGAGCACUGAGAUUCUAUGUGAUCCACUGAAUGGUUAGCUACGACAAAACUAGCUUGAUUUCAUCCAUUUCCAGUGUUAUGUUGACAGAGUUUACUCUGUAUAGAUGAGAUACGCCUGACAAGCACAUUCCUCAGUCACUGAAAGGCCUUCGUUUGUAAUGAUGAUGUAACUUCACAAGAUGUGUGUUCAUAGGUUAAUAUUGGUUGGGUUGAACAGACAUUCAAAGCGUCCAUCUGAUGAAAUAAUCCUAAGGCUUCUUUAUCUUCUUUGGUGUACAAAUUCCCUGACAUUAAAAAUUAGGAAUGUGGAAAAAAAAUAUUUUAAUUUUUUAGUACUGCAACAGACUGUCGGAAAAAAUGUGACCAAUAUUUUCCCUGCCUUACACAGUUUUUGUUCUCGUUAAAACACUUUUCACAUGUAACAUUCUUGUCACUUUUUGAUAAAAUAAGAAAUGAAAAAUAGAGAAUUUGAAAUUGUUUUAUAUUUAUAUCCCACCGACGCUAUUUUUUACAAAUUUUAAAACUCAAUAACAGGUGUAAUUUUGUUUAUUUAUUUUUUUCAACCACUGACCUAAGGUUUCACUAGAGAAAAUUUGUAGGUCAUUUAAAAAAAUAGAUGGCCUAUAAAUGGUAGUUCAUGGUAUUGUGCAAAAAGUUAAAUUACAAGCACUGAUUUAGAUUUUAAGUGAUUAUGAAUGAUCUUUGCAAUUUAUCUGAUGCCAUAGAAGAUUUAAUGGAGAAGUCAAUUUUAAUAAUUUCAAACAAUUCGUUUCAUAUUCUGUUCUCUGUCUCAAUGCCAGUGUAGCCUGCGAGGGAAAAAAAACACUUGUUAUUUAUUGUGAUUGGUUAAACAAAUCAGUGCUUUACCAGAUGUUGCCAUGGUUACCUUGAAGUUGGUGUUUCUUAAAGACUGGCAGAUAUUCAAGAUUCAAUAUUUCUUCUCUCAGGAGGACGAGAAUCUUGGCGUUUUGAAAUGAAUAUUAUUUUGUAGACUAUAGCCAGCAUGUGUAUAUAGUCAAUCUAUCCUUUGUGAUGGCUAUUGUUACUAUGAUUAACCAUAGCCAUGUAUUGGAAGGUCGGCACAUUCGGGAAAAGAAGUGAUUGAUUAAUGACUGACCGUUCCUUAAGUAAAAACCUCCCAGUCAUUAUUAGAGUUUUGAUAAAACACAACAGUUCAAAAGGUCUUUUGAUAUGAAACAAAUAUGGUCAAUAUCCUGAUGUUGUCUGUUCAGUUCAAAGAAAGUUACUGAUAUAUGUUAAAGGAUAGCGACAUAUGACAAUCAUCAAUAAGACAAUACAUGAGUCUUGCCAAGCUUUGUGAGAAGAAAAUGUUGCAGAUUUCAUUUAAAAAACCAUUCCUGUUCUGGAUUUAAAAGUGAAGAGAAGACUUUUCUUAAUUUCUGUCUGGCUUAUCUUUUCAACUUGUAUUCUUGUAUUGUAAAGGAAAUUAUUAUCCUGACCGUGCAAAGAUAUUGGUUUUUGACUAAAGGGAAACCUGCUAUGGUUGUCAUCUAAAAAUAGAUUCAGUAACAUUGAAAUCAUCCAUCUCUGCACUUGAUGAGAAUGAUGCAAGCAAAUACACAAAUACACAAGAUGGGGUCUAUUCCAGUGUGUGACAUGACACCCUCUGUAGCGACGACAGUUCCAUGUAUAGAGAAUUAAACAUACAUUGUGUUGUCAGCAGUUGGACGUAAGGAGAACAUGUAAAAAGUGUAUAGUCCCCAGACAGCAAACAUUGCAAUCUUAUCUUGCCAAGUUAACAAGUUCUGAAUCUUCUGUUAAUCAUGUCAAAUGUCCACAGGAGGUAUACAUAUUUGGGGAGUCGGGAAUAAUGAGAUGCUACUUGUCUAACAAAAAAUAUUUUUAAAAAUUCUACUCAUGUCAUUCCUGGUGAUUGAGUUUAGCUGUUACUUCAAUACUUAGAGGGGUAUCAUGGUGGUCAAACAAGCUGCUCGUCGUGGGUACAGUGAGUGAUGCUAAUUCCUCAUGUCCUCUGGGGGCGGUCUGGUAGCCUAGUGGUUAAAGUGUUCGCUCCAGGUUUGAUUCCCGACAUGGGUACAAUGUGUGAAGCCCAUUUCUGGUGUCCGCCGCCGUAAUAUUGCUGGAAUAUUGCUAAAAGCGGCGUAAAACCAUACACACUCACCCUAAUGUCCUCUGCCGUGGCAUUGCUGUAAUAUUACUAAAAGCGGCAUAAAACCAUACGCUCUGACUUAAUUGUAAUAUUUUCAUACCUUAAUGAUUGAGCUUCUUGUAUCCACCAUCCUAUGGAAAUAUUUUCAGGUUCUCAUGCCAUCUAAUUAGCAACUGUGCUCUGCAACUAAAAGUAUUACUUUAAGCAUAAUAUGUUGUUAAAUGGAAAAUUAACUAAAUACACAAGUGGAAGACGAGUGUUGUCAGAAUUUGAUGCCAAAAAUUUGAGGCGAUUGUAAAUUUGCAGUAUUUAUUUUUUAAAGUUUAUUGUCAUUCAAAACUUAGAACUUUUUUUAUGUUCAAGAACAAAUUAAUCAUUUAAUUUGCUGUGAAUAAAAUUCUUAAGUUGUGCCUGUUUAUGUCAUGAUAGAAAAUCAAAGUUAUUUUAUAUAUUCAUGAUAUAGAGCAUAACUUACAUGAAAUGAGAUGGAUGGCGUUUCUUCAUUUGUUCAAGUUAAUAUACUACUAAAAGAAAGUUAAGCACCACCUGAUUCUUUUUAAAUUCUAUAGUGAAUCUGUCAUACCAAAGUAGUAUGAAAGAAUCGUUAACUUUUUUUCAGUAGUAUACAUUCUGUUAUUUCAAUUUGAACUUUGGAUACGACAGCUUGCUUCAAGUAAAUUUUUGAGGCUGGCGUUUCUUUUUACAUGGUCUGAAACCAAAGGGGUCACGGCGUUGUUUAUUGUUAUUGUGCUGUUAAAAAACCAUUGUAAAUUUCACUACUGUACAUUUUUUACAUCAUAUAGAUCAAUCAUGUUUGAACAAAUGAGCUCCAACACAUCUCACACAUGGAGUAUAUUACUCGAGUGUACAUAGCCAAGAAUUGUAAUCAGUUUGACAACUUACUAAUCUAUUUCACCUGUUGAUUGACAGGUGAAAUCCAUACCACUGCUGUUGAUGUCUUGUUGUGUUUGACCGUGACGAGGUGUAUGUUUCAGUAUAGUCUGGUGUAUUAUAACAAUGAGUUUUCAUGUGGAAAUUGUCCCUCUUCAUUCUCUGGCAAGAAGUACAUUGUGUGUAUAUAUUUCAGCGCCAUCAAGUGUACUUAACAGGUAGAGACUUUGUUUUAGCAUGUGUUUUGUUUUGUGUUAUGUUAUGGCUGUGCUAUAUCUGAUUUUACCAAUUACUCUGAUGUGAUUUUUUCUUCUUUUAUGAUCAGUGUGUCAGUCAAGCCUAUAAUUUUAUUGUAUGAGGUGUAAGAAUGGUUUGUGUGGUGUGAAAUUGUUUUAAUAACAAUGAAUUAUGAAAAGACGUGUCAGCUGUUUUAAUGUUUGAAAUAUAUUGAUGUAGAUUUCAAGGUAUUUUUGAGAUGCAGGGGCAGUUUUGCUGGAAACAUGGUGACAUCUUACAGCAUAGAAUCAAGUGCUAUAAAGAGUUAAUUGUGUUGGCAUUAUCUGUCAUACAGACAAAAUAUCCAAAUUACCCCAGUAAGUCUAUAAUAGUUCGACAAGUCUAGAUUUCUUCAGUUUGAAAAUGAGAUAUCCUCUAAGCUUCUCUCUAUCAUUAACUUGAACCCCACUCUUCUGGAUGAUAGUGUUGCAAAUCUGGAUUAACAAAUGUCAGGAUAAGGAAUCAUAGG